ACGCUGAGUCUCCCAACGGACUGCAGAAAGGUCAAACGGCAAAGCAAGCAGUUGCCGCAGUUCGAUAAUCGCCCCCCGGUUCACGAUGCUCCUGCGGUUACGGUCGCCCGAUGGCAUGUUCCGCCUGACGGUGGACAAGGACGACACUUUUGGCAAACUCAUAGACCAGCUUGUCCCGAAGCUCCCCCCCACAGUCGAUCCCCAAUCCAUCACCCUCUCGAACCACCCCAGCAACAGCGCCGAGUCCAGGAAAAUCGGCGAAAUUUCCCAGUUCAAAAUCAGCCAGGUCGGGCUAAGCCACGGGGACCUCAUCUUCGUCAACUACCAGCACCAGGAUGUCGUUACGAACGGCGGUGCAGCCGGCGAUUUGCCCAAAUCAUCAGCAACACCGCUAGCGUCGUCAACGAAUCGACUCAAUGGGAAGCCGGUCCUGCCGACCGAGGACCACCCCAUCGACCCGCCCCCGAACACUUCCGCCGAACGCAUCAAGAACCCCUGGGAGGUGGUCAGGCAGUCGCCCUUGGACGACCGGCUAGACAAGCAGGAUGGCAAGAUUCCGAGGAAACGAGACCCCAAGAUGUGCCGCCACGGGCCCAAGGGCAUGUGCGACUACUGCAUGCCUCUGGAUCCCUUCAACCCUCAGUACCUCGAGGAAAAGAAGAUCAAGUACAUGUCGGUGCACGCCUACAUGCGCAAAAUCAACUCGGCGACCAACAAGCCCGAGCUCGGGAGCUCCUUCAUCCCUCCGCUCGUCGAGCCCUACUAUCGCGUAAAGCCCGACUGCCCAUCGGGACACCCCCAGUGGCCCGAGGGGAUCUGUACCAAGUGCCAGCCCAGCGCCAUCACGCUCCAACCCCAACCGUUCCGCAUGGUUGACCAUGUCGAGUUCGCCUCGCCACAGAUCGUCGAUAGGUUCCUUGACGCCUGGCGCAAGACUGGAACACAGCGCUUGGGCAUCCUCUACGGCAAAUAUCUCGAGUACGACGUGGUGCCGCUCGGCAUCAAAGCGGUGGUUGAAGCGAUCUAUGAGCCGCCACAGAUCGACGAGGUCGACGGCAUCUCGCUCAACCCUUGGGACAAUGAGCAGGAGGUCAACCAGGUGGCCAAGUUUUGCGGUCUCGAGCAGGUCGGCGUGAUAUGGACCGAUCUCCUCGACGCGGGCAAGGGCGACGGGAGCGCUGUCUGCAAGCGCCAUGCAGACUCGUAUUUCCUCGCCUCUCAGGAGAUUGCCUUCGCAGCGCGCAUGCAAGCUCAACAUCCCAAGCCGAGCAAGUGGAGCGACACCGGGAGGUUUGGUUCCAACUUCGUCACUUGCGUCGUCUCCGGCAACGAGAAAGGCGAGAUCUCCAUCGCCGCGUAUCAGAUGUCGAAUGACGCCGUCGAGAUGGUCAGGGCCGGCAUUGUCGAGCCGUCCGCUGACCCCGGCCUGAUGCUUGUCCGCGAAGAGGAAGAGGACGACGGGUCAGUGAGCAGGACACGCUACAUCCCGGAGGUAUUCUACCGCCGGAUCAACGAGUACGGCGCGAACGUGCAGGAAAAUGCGAAGCCGGCCUUCCCGGUCGAAUACCUCUUCGUAACCCUAACUCACGGGUUCCCCGAGGCGCCGAAGCCGCUCUUCCAGGACAGCGGCUUCCCCAUCGAGAACAGGGAGCAUGUCGGAGAGGCUCAAGAGGUUUCCGCCGUCGCCAAGACCCUGAAGGUGAACCAGAAAGAUGACAACCUGCACCUCUCCGACUUCCACCUGCUCUGCUUCAUCCACCAGAUGGGCGUCCUCGCCAAGGACGAGGAAGCCCUCCUAUGCCGCGUCGCGACCCAGCACGACCUCGCCGAGUCCUUCCAGCUGCGGUCGACCACCGGGUGGCAAACGCUGCACAUGAUUCUGCAAUCCACUGGCUGAACGGAGAUUCCUCGCCGUCGCCCACUGCGCCGCUGGGCUGAAGGCCAGCCGCGCAGGGGGCGUCCUGGUGCUGGGGAGGAUGGUAUCGGAUCUGAGGAGGGGUUUGCCCUUUGGUUGGUCAGUGGAAGGAAAACAGAGGGCCAGGAGAAAGCGGGCCAAGCAUCUACGGGCAUGGGUUAAAUGAGGAGGGGGAUAAUCGACAACUCGGCAGGAGUUCUGGUUGCAUCGGGAGGUAGACGACCAAAACACAAUGGUGAUCCAGCAC